AAUGAAAUCGCCGGGGAAUGGGCGACAGAUACCGACUCGUGAGAUAAGGAAUAAAUAGGGUUCCUUAUAUGCGCUACAACGAUCUGAUAAAAGCAGUAAUUCCCUCUGAAAGGGUAUACCCAUGGAGAGAGAGAUGAAUCACAGGCAGCCGCUGUGGCUGCCACGUGCUGCACUCAAAAGCAACCGAAAGUCACGUAGGAAGCUUGCCCGAAGUUGAAACUGAAUUAAAUAACAAACAUUUCGAAGUAGCUGCAACGCAAAUUGUGAAAUGGGUAAAAGCAGCCAAGGUUCGACAGUAGUUGCGGAAAAUGUCAACAAAGAUUCCCAUGGCUGGAUAGUGUGAUUCUGAGCUCCAGACCUUCCGCGAAUCUUCUUCCAGAGUCAACGGAUCCGUUUCGUUUCGUGCCGACUGAUACGUCCGCAUAGUGCGAACCUGCUUCUCUCCAGACACUCGAAUAUCACGUAUGAGUCGCUGAGGUUCGGCAGUUUAUACGGAUUAGCAUUUGGCUGGCAGAAGCCGUCCCAAACAGUCGAUCGAGAACGAAGUAAAACCAUUCCAUGGGGAGUUAUAGGAACAUUUAUCUGACCAUGAGUCACCUACGCUUCCAGCUGUUCGUCCUGUACAGUUUUUGCUUUCAUAGCUCUCUGCAGCAGCUCGUCCCCGUUCCGGACUCCGAUCUCAUGGCCGGCAACGAACUUCUGAUGGCCAGCGCCGAAGACGACUUGGAGUGGACUCAGGCCAACUGGCAAUUGGUGAUUCCCUGGCUCCUGCAGCUGCAGCAGGUGCGUCUCUGUGUGGCAGUGUCUAUAUUUGACCAGCAGCUGGUUUACGGAACACCCUGUGCGGGUCUGCUCGCCAAGGGCCCGCUCAUGGCCAGCUGUGACAUCGGCCACAUUGAAGAUCUCAGUGUGACCAUGCGCGACGCCUUCGGACCAAUGCUGUUCGACACCAUGCAGAGGUGUCGUCCUGGCUUGGAGCUCUUCGGGGUACGUUGCAGGCGUAGGGCCUGACACGGCCACCAGAAAUCCAUUUUAAAUGGACAUAGAUUAUAAUUAGUUAUGUGUUUGUGAAUAUAAAGAUUUAAAAGAAAUAAUAUGUCUUUUAUCAACGUCCAUUAACUGCUAAUUGUUCUAAUGCCGUCCGCCCAAGUGCAUUGAUAAUUUACUUUAUUGAGUAUUUUGCCAUCCUCUUGUGCAGCCCAGCCCAGCUCAGCCUUGUCCCCUGUCAUUUCAAUGUGUCAAUAAAAAUCUGAAGGAAAAUGCCCCACCCUUUGGGUCUCCCACUCCAGGCGCUGGAAUCUGGGUGAAGGACUGUCCAAGCCCGAGCCCGAGUCCGAGUCCCAGUCCCAGUCCGCUACUAGCCCGAGCUCCGACUGCGGGUCUCGUCCGAGUGCAGUGCAUCUCUGACAAAUGACGAUUAUAAUUUGUGAAAUGCGCCCAUCUGGUUAUCCCCCCAGAUCCUCGCUUUUCGCCAUUUCCGCCCCCUCCCAGACACGAGCAUUACGUUCGACUUGUGGCCUAGUUGUAGUCUAUCUUCCUUUCUGGUUCUAGUUCUGCUUUCAGAUUCAGUUUAGUUCAUUGGAAUUGUUGUUGCAAUUAGUAGCGGCAGCAGAGGAGGGUUGUUCAGAAAAUCAGCACUGAUGGCUUCAAUGGGAAAAUUGCACAUCGAGAGAGGAGUGGGGCAGUCCUGGCAGUAUUGUUGCUCUUGGCAAUUACCGGCCAGUGUUUAAGAGUUCAUCUCCAGCUGAAGACCACUAGUUUUUCGAUUUCAUGUUCAUUCUGUACACAUGUACAUACAUAUGUACAUAUGUAUGUGUUUAGUGCUUAAUUUGCAAACACCUACGGACAACGAAAUUAGUGCCCACUCUCAGGCCGAGACCAAAUCAGAUUCAAAAUUGAAAUUGCUCUAGAAAUCGAUUGAACAUUUCGGCUUUUUGGAUCGAGACUGUGGCCAUUAGUUCAUGCAUAUGGAUAUGGGACAGAGAAAGACACGAGUACGCUGAUUGGCAUACAAAUUACUCUAAAUAAGCUCUGGAAUGCCUGCGGCUUUUGGCCCAAGUCGCCCACAUAUUGUUUUUGCUUAUUUUGGUUCAUUAAGGAACUGCGGAUUGCUUCUGGCGAAUGUACUUACGACUACUUAGGGGGACUCCCCUAAACUUUGUAUCGGACACUCGCGCAUUACGAUCCCAUUUUCCCAGGGUCCCUUCCGCCUUUGUCUCCAGCUCCCGAGACUCUUCCAGCAGGGCACCAAGCUACGCGCAGCUCUCGAAAAACAUCGAGGCAAAAAGCUAAAUGUAAAUUAAUGAAUUGUUUAAAGUACUUAAAAUAUUUAUGCUCAAAGCAAGUGUAUGAACGAUGCCCCACUCCCAGGCCCUCCCUCCAGCGCAGGAUGUUUGAACCGUGGAAGGCUGACCAAUGAAUAUGCAAACGAAAUUCCCAUCCAACCAGGGUUCAAGUAUGGGGUGAAAAGGCAUGGCUUGGAAGCGCACACUGCAAUGUAGGGUAUUUAAAAAUGCCUCUGUUUCACUGCAUAAGAAUAUAAUCUAAAGUAUAGUGGGAUCCACCUCUCAUCUAUAUUUUUUUGUAAAGAUUUUCCAUCGGAUCCUUCGAGUCUAUUCACUUGACUCGACUCUUUACUUUUGUUUCGGUUUCUGGCCCGAGGUCCCACUGUGCAUCGGGAAGCUGGUGUCGAACGGUCAUUAAGGCAUUGCAUGGAGAGGGCCGAGCUGUCUGUUUGCUCGGGCCACAAUAGCAACAGAAACAACAGAGGCAGCGACAAUGGUUACGACUACGGGAUGUCCUGCGUCUUGAGCUGCCUCCGCCGCCCCCCUUCGCGGGAAGCUGUUAAUGUGCAGUCUUGCGCCGUAAAAUAUGCAUAAACAAAUGAACCGGAGUGACUUCGCAAGGACGUGCCGGCUCCAGGUCUGCUCCGCUCCGCUCAGCUCCGCUCCGCUACUGGCGCAUCUUUGCCGCUAUGCAGAUUUCCGUCCUUUGGGCUUCAGUCAGAGUCUUAGUUUGAGUUUGAGUUCGAGUUCUAUGCGUCCGGCUGCUGCGAGUAAUUAAAUUUCGCUGUAAAUUCUUGUGCAUUUCGCUCUUUGAUUUCGAACGAGCUUCCAACUGCCAUGCCAGCCAGCACUCGCCAAUUUGCAUUAAAAAAGGGAAAAGUCUAUUAACUCGCAAUGCAAGGGAGAUGGAAAGAGUUGGGCAGGCAAAGGAUGGCCAUAUUUUACGCAGCUCAAGUUUUGGGGCUGUUCCUGGUCAAAUUAACUGGCUGAGAUUGAGCCGUGGGUUCCAGCUGGAUAGGAAUGUUGGCUCAAAUAAAUCCAUUGGGAUCAAACCAGCUUUGCUAUCAGCCUGCAAGUUGCACAUUGUACUGCCGGAGGAGGUUUUCUUAUUUGCCCAAUCGCCAUUCGCUGAUUGGUGCCAAAGAAAAGGCAGCGCGAUGAGACACAGAGUAAAUUGAUUGCCUUAUCGGAAAGCUGGCCACAAACGGCACAAAACCCCAGUAAAGCUGAUAUUUGUGCAAGAAUGGUUUACGAUACCAACAUAUUAUUUUACAACGACAUUGACUAUUGGAGUAUGCUAGUUGUAUCUCUUGUGCGUCUUUUUCUUAUCAGCUUUUGACCCGUAGUACCGUUAGCAUUCGGCUGUCCAUGUUGACCGACGUAUCGAGGCAUUCAGGUCUCCCGUACCAGUGGCAAGAGGCUGGGCGACACUAGCCUGAACGAAGAAGUAAUGCGGAAUCGGAGUGAGAUCGUAGCCACUGAGUACUUCUUUAAUCGCAAGGAAGAGCAAAUACAAACGUAGAAUAGUCUCACAAAGCAGCACGUUCUGGACUUAUGGUUGGACUAUGAAAACAAUAAAUUUCGAAAGCUUUCAGUUCAAGUGGUUGGUCGGAAGAGGCUACCAUCUCGGUCUCGAACGCUGUCCAUCUCGGGUGCGGUGGCUGUGGGGCAGAGCUCAGAAAAAGGAUUUGGUAGACAAAGAGGAUUCUUGGCGAACUUACUGGAAGAAGUGCAGCGUAAUAUUUCCGAUGAACAGCUGUUGUUUGAACAGACGGGCAAUAAGAUCGAGAUAGAGCUUAUGGGAAAUGGCGAUGAUCCCGCACACAUAGUGGAUAUGCCGGCAUUUAAGAACAGUCUAUGUGCUUACCCAUUAUUUAUCAAAAA